AUGAGGCUGAGAAUAAUAGCUCAGAAUGUUUCUGAAAAAAAAGUUUCCUUUGAGGUAGAAAUGGAAGGAUUUAAAAUAGAAGGACCCUGCUUCCCCAUUUCAGGUGACGCUUGGGACUGUGAGAACAAGGAAAGAAAUUUGAGGCAGUCUCCCUUAAUUGAUGAGAAAACAGGGGCUCAGGAAGCAAAUUGUGACCAUGUUGGUUUGGGGGAGCAUUUGAGUACAAACCCAGCCCUCCUUGCAUCCCAGAGAGUUCCUACAACAAAUGGCUUUCAUGUUCAUAACUCAGAUAUUGAAACUUUUGAUUGUGAUCAAACCUUACAUAGUUGUUCCCAGAGUUAUACAUCUAAGGGAACUAGUGAUGGUGAUGCUUGUGGAAAAGCUGUCCGUCCUGCCAUGGAAGUCACUCACCUUGUAAGAAACAAAAUGAGAGACAAACCCUAUAAACAUACAGAAAGUAUUACAUCUUUAAACCACUUGACCACUCCCCUUUGUGACAAAAAAAUUAAGAAAAGAAGCAAGAAAUUUUAUAAAGGUAAGGACUUUGGGGAUGUCUUGUCCCUGAGCUCAUCUCUUCAUGAAAAAAGAAGUCAUUCCAUUGAGAAACCCUAUAAAUGUACUGAAUGUGGCAAAUGCUUCAAACGGAAUUCUUCUCUUGUUUUACACCAUCGAACUCAUACUGGUGAGAAACCUUAUACCUGUAAUGAUUGUGGAAAAUCAUUCUCCAAGAACUACAACUUGAUUGUACAUAGAAGGAUUCAUACAGGAGAGAAACCUUAUAAAUGCAAUAAAUGUGGGAAAGCUUUUAGUGAUGGAUCAGCUCUGACACAACACCAGAGGAUUCACACAGGUGAGAAGCCUUAUGCGUGUCUAGAAUGUGGAAAAACUUUCAACAGAAAUUCAUCCCUGAUUUUGCAUCAAAGAACUCAUACAGGGGAAAAACCAUAUAGAUGUAAUGAAUGUGGGAAACCCUUCACUGACAUCUCUCACCUUACCGUACAUCUCAGAAUCCACACUGGUGAGAAGCCUUAUGAGUGUAGCAGAUGUGGAAAGGCUUUCCGAGAUGGUUCCUACCUCACUCAGCAUGAGAGGACACACACUGGAGAAAAGCCUUUUGAAUGUGUAGAGUGUGGGAAAUCCUUCAAUCGCAACUCUCAUCUCAUUGUGCAUCAAAAAAUUCAUUCUGGUGAGAAACCCUAUGAAUGUAAAGAGUGUGGGAAAACUUUCAUUGAGAGUGCAUACCUCAUCAGGCAUCAGAGAAUUCACACUGGUGAGAAGCCCUACGGUUGUAACCAGUGUCGUAAACUCUUCAGGAACAUCGCUGGACUUAUCCGGCAUCAAAGGAUUCAUACUGGUGAAAGACCUUAUGAGUGUAAUCAGUGUGGUAAAGCUUUUAGGGAUAGUUCCUGUCUGACCAAGCACCAGAGGAUCCACACUAAGGAGACUCCAUACCAGUGUCUGAAAUGUGGAAAGUCCUUCAGACAGAACACUCACCUGGUAGUACACCAGCGACUUCAUAACAGGGAGGGUCCCAGCCAGUGUCCUCAGUGUGGAAAAAUAUUUAGAAGGAGCUGGUGUCUAGUCCGACAUCAGAGAACACACCUUGAAGAGCAGCCUGUGGAAGCAUAAUGAACGUGGGCCAUACUCUCCUUGAGUGAAUAAAGGAGAUAUGUCUUCGGGUGUGAUUUCCUAUGUUAACAGAAAAAAAAAAAUCUGAAUAUGAGCUAUUCUAUAAUCCUAUUAAUUCUGUUAAUAGGGCACUCCUGAAGAGAGGAUUGGAUGGUAAUCAGUGUAGAGAAGGCUUCAGGGAUGAUUCAGCCUAUACCAAACAUGUAGUGCAUACACUGAAAUAAAGCACCUGCAAGUGAGGAUGAUAUUUCUCUAAAGAUAACCAUCUACCUUUACAUAAGGAUUCUUAAAUUGGGAAGAACCUGUGAAUGCAUUCAGUAGGUAAUUGGUAGGAGGCAUCUAUAAUAGUGAUUAUCACCUUGUUGCAUAUAAGCAAAUGGCUUAUUAAACUCAAAGCUUACAAGAAGUGUAAUUAGGAAGAGAAGCUUUUAUCAGGAGUUUUUACUGUGUUUCCUGUAUCACCAAAGGCAUAGCCGUAAUAGGUCUCACACAAUGCCCCUCAACAACCACAGGAUUUAGUUGAGUUUGCUGUUUGAGUGCACUUCUGUUUUAUGGUGCUGCCAGAACACUUAAGACUGGGAAGAAACUGGAUGUAGGAGUUGCUUGUGAUUGUAAUGAAGUUGUCCCUCUUAAGACUAAAGACCUGUCAAUGAUGGAAAGGACUGCUUCUAAGAAAUAGAAUCCAUUGCUUUAGUUGUUGACAAUAAAAUAUUGAAUUGUAUUUCA